AUGACGACUGGAAUGGGUAUGUUGACCACAGGAAACGCGAAAGCAAUUAUUGCUGGUGGUGUAGAACUUUUAUCGGAUGUUCCCAUUGGGUAUAACAGAAAGGCGAGAAGAGCUAUGCUGAGCAUGCAGAAAGCGAAGGCACUUGGCGACAGAGUGAAGCUUGGAACUCAAAUUGUGAGAAACCUUUUCAGCCCCGAACUAACAGCAGUAGCAGAAUAUUCCAGUGGAGAGAAACUGGGACACAGUGGGGAUCGAGAAUGCUGCAGCAUUCAGCGUUUCCAGGAGUACGUUGCGCAAGACCCUAAAGAUCAACUUCUUCUUUCACCAGCUUACGUCAUCCCACAGUUGCUGAAGCGGGUUGGACUCGGAUUGAAUGACGUUGAUGUUUUCGAGAUUCACGAAGCUUUUGCAAGACAAGUAUUGGCUAAUGUUGCUGUGAACUGA